AUGACGCCUGCAGCACCACCACUUGAAACGUUGCUACCAAAAGCGAGAUUUCGAAACAUACAUCGUAUUCCCGGGACAACAGCUCCGCCUAUUGUAAAUGACAUUAAAAAGACACCAAAAAUGAAAUUUGAAAGCAGAAGAUCAAUGCAAUCUCUCUGCCAAGGAACAGAAAGCUGUGAAGAAGAGGAUGAUCACUCUCCAAGGCGCGCACACUCUUUUCCUCGGUUGGAUAACAGUGGUGGAACCCCUAGCACAUCGGGCAAGUGCUUAGGUGACAGCCAUAUUGAAGUCAGUGAUGAAGACCGCGACUUCGGCUCUUCUCGCCGUGAAAAUGUGAAGAAAACAGCUGUUGGGUCCAAAGGAAGUCGUGAUUUGAGGACAGAUCAGCGCUACUUGAAAGAAGAGUGGCGCGCAGAGUGGAGCAAUGGCAUUCAAAUUCCUCUCCGAGCAAAUAAUCCAAAUCCUGCCGAAGUACGUAAAGCUGUUGUUAAGCGAAUUUCGACCAAACUCAGUCGUGUCUUACAAAAACGACGUGAGCUAAUCAAGGGAUUUUUCGACAAUGCUUACGAACCCAUUGAAACAACACCUCUUCGGCUAUACGAAUGCAAUGUACUGGAUGAGCUGUGGGUAAAGCUGUUCAACGAGCACCGAAUGCACUCGAAGAGUCCUUCGUUGCCCAUGGAAGUGUUCUUGGACAUCAUGAAUGAGUUCGAAAUUGAAUGCUACAAGAAUAUUCACCGAAAACUUUUGGAACCGCUUCACUCUCCGAGUUCCCGGAUCGAAGACGGCGAUGAUGAAGCUGCUUGCGACAUUUGCCUAGCGAUAGACAGUGAACCAGAUGAUGAGAUGGUGUUUUGUGACGGUUGCAAUUUGUGCGUUCACAUGUCUUGUUAUGGUUUGCAAGAACUGCCACCGGACGAGUGGUUAUGUAUGAAAUGUCGACUGUGUUAUGGUCGCAAUCCUUCAUGCUUGUUGUGUCCAACUAUAGGCGGUGCAUUGAAGUGCACAGACACGAAUCAAUGGGCGCACGUUGUGUGUGCGUUAUGGAUUCCAGAGUGCCGUGUUGACUUCGAAAAACGAGAGCCUAUAAUCCGUAUCAAUGAAAUAAAGGAGGAGAGGUGGAGUGCGAAGUUGGAACUUGAUCCGUUACUCGUAGCUGACGUCUUUGCCUAUUGGGUGAAAAAGCGCCUGCAUCUGAACAAUGGGAAACCACUCAUUGAAAACUUGCAAGAUGAAAUCACGGCUGAGUUAACCUGGUAUCAUCUGAAUACUAAUUCUCAUGUUCUUCGCCGUCUACACAUUAAAAGAAAACGUGGUCGUCCGAGGAAAAAUCCAGUGGAAAAUGAGGCACCAUCAACUCCUGAAGCAAAGGUCUUGGAUGCAAAAACGCUUCACGCUAAGGAGAGGUUGGAGCGUUCCCUUUGGGAGAACGGCUGCUUGAUUUGUGACUGCGGAAGAUCCAGGGAACAACGGAACUUUCUUCACGCCCAUAUAGGUGCUUUGUUGCUAAUAACGGAGCAUCUUUCGAGGCCAGUUCCUCUCAGUCAUCGUACGGAUAGAUUUCUGAAUGAGACCUUGCCAGGUAAUCUCUGCUCGAAGGACGUAAUAGAGGAAGGUGUGAGACGCGCCGAUGAGAUUUGUGGCCUAAACGGACUGGUUAUGCCAAAAGCAUCAUCUUUUUCGCGAAGAAAUGACAGAAUAUCGCCAUCUGAAACUACCCCUGCGUCUACAUCCUCGUCGGAAUCUUAUCAUCCUCCCUGCCUGCGGAACAGUUCUCCUGUUAUGCGGAACUCAACGGCUGACAUUCCUCCAGUCUCGUCCCCGAAAUCGAUAUCUCGCCGAUCCCUCUCGAGUCCUAGGAAAUACCCAAGAAAACGCACUUCAAAGCAGUCGCGUAUCUUUUUCGAUGAGGAACAGCGUAACAAUCGUCGAAAGAGUUUGAGGAGCUCAGACGCGAAGCCCACCGAUGUGGAAGAUCACUCGAGGACGCACGAUCCGAAUGAUGGUUCUAUCAGUGGGAAGCAUGACGAGUCAUCCCUUCUUCUUCGAGAUUCUAAUCAUCACAACGAGAAGGCUGUUGAGGUCACCCCUGCUGAGGGGGAUACGACUAGCAAGCGAAAUGAGGAAGGGGACACUUCCAUAAGCCACGACCCUCCCGUAAAGAUGACGCAGUCCUCGUCAAAAGGCUCAGGAAGAAAGUCUCGAACGGGGCGUAAAUCUGACACAAAAUCUACUGUCGGUGGAGCUCAGUCGCCUUCUCCAAAGCGUCAUCGAGGUGCACAUGCACUAGGUACAGAGCUGAGGCUACUAAAGUCAUUGAAUCUGAAAAACGCGAACAAGGACUUCAAAAAC